CCCCUGACGGCGGAGGCGGGGGAGCGUGAGGCGGGCGCCUCACGGAGCCCAUCGCUGCGGCCAUUGGCGGGGCGCGGGUGGCGCUGCCAUGGCGCUCUCCGUGGCGCCCCUCAAGGUCUGCAUCGUGGGCUCGGGGAACUGGGGUUCUGCAGUUGCCAAAAUAAUAGGCAAUAAUGUAAAAAAAUUGCAAAAGUUUGCUUCCACAGUGAAGAUGUGGGUCUUCGAGGAGAACGUUAAUGGGAGAAAACUGACUGAUAUCAUAAAUAAUGAACAUGAAAAUGUAAAAUAUCUCCCUGGAUACAAGCUGCCAGAUAAUGUGGUUGCUGUUCCAAACCUUAACGAAGCUGUACAGGAUGCAGACUUGCUGGUUUUUGUCAUUCCUCAUCAGUUCAUUCAUAAAGUCUGCGAUGAAAUCACAGGACGAGUACCCAAGAAAGCUCUUGGUAUAACACUCAUAAAGGGAAUAGAUGAAGGCCCAGAGGGACUCAAACUGAUCUCUGACAUUAUUCGAGAGAAGAUGGGAAUAGACAUCAGUGUGCUGAUGGGAGCUAACAUUGCCAAUGAGGUGGCAGCAGAGAAGUUCUGUGAAACCACAAUAGGCAGCAAAAUCGUGGAAAAUGGCCUUCUCUUCAAAGAACUCCUGCAGACUCCAAACUUCCGAAUAACUGUAGUAGACGAUGCAGAUACAGUUGAGCUUUGUGGUGCUCUGAAGAAUAUAGUAGCUGUAGGAGCUGGGUUCUGUGAUGGCCUGUGCUGUGGUGACAAUACCAAAGCUGCCGUUAUUCGCCUUGGCCUAAUGGAGAUGAUUGCCUUUGCCAGACUUUUUUGCAAAGGACAAGUGUCUACUGCCACUUUCCUGGAAAGUUGUGGAGUUGCUGACCUCAUCACAACAUGUUAUGGUGGCCGGAAUCGACGUGUAGCAGAAGCAUUCGUUAAAACUGGAAAGUCUAUUGAAGAAUUGGAGCAAGAAAUGCUGAAUGGUCAGAAACUGCAAGGACCGCAGACUUCUGCAGAAGUGUAUCGCAUCCUCAAGCAGAAAGGAAUGCUGGAAAAGUUUCCGCUAUUCACUGCUGUGUAUCAAAUCUGCUAUGAAGGGAAGCCUGUCAAAGAGAUGAUAUCCUGCCUUCAAAGUCAUCCGGAGCACAUAUAAAAUCAAUCAGGCCGCCGCACUAAUGCAGUUUUCUGCCUCUCGAAUUUGUAUCUGGAUUCAAGUGGAUGUAUGGUUAAGCUGUGUUCAAAGCUGCUCACUAGGCAACAGUAACAUGAAUGUCUCUGAAUGGGUAUUGGGUUUUGUUAUACAGCCUAGUUUGACAUAGGAUGCAGUGUUGGCUUCAUGAUUGUCAUUCUACUGGCUAAAAUAGAACUGUUUUAAGACACACAAUGCAAGAGUUGCACUAAAUAUCUAGUGUAUAUACACAAGUGUACUUUGUGUGUGUUCCUACACCAUAAAACACAAUGUUUUGUUGUCUCUUAUCAAGACGUAGUCCAAAAUCCACUGGACAUUGUGGGAAGAAUCCCACUGGUUUUGAUGGAGACUGAAUCAAGCCUGUAAACAGCCUUGAAAUUUUAGGAGUCUUUCUAUUAGAACUUGGUUUUGUUCUGUGCACAUAGUGAAAUGUUAACAUUUUGCAUGCUUAUGAUUAUACCAGUUUAAGCAAUAUUAAUGCAAAACAAGUGGUAGCGGUUAUUUAGGGGGGCUACAGGGAUAUUUUAAUGAACUCUGGUUAAGAAUAUUUUGAUUUUUUGAAAGUCUUUAAACUGUCAGACUAUUUUGAAACAGAUUUCGAAGUGAAUUUAAAGUUUUUAAUUACUGUUUUAAAGGGAAUGUGCUAGAGGGGGAUCAUUACCUCCCCUUCUGUUUUUUAAUCCUGGCAUUUUUGUAUUUCUCUGUUUCUCCCUUACUGUUCCCAGGAGUUAGACUCUUCUAGAAACCUAUUUCCUCAAACAGAUGGGGGAUACUGACCUGAGGUUUCUGAACCCUGGAGCCUGGGAUUCAUUUUAGUGUUGUACCUGUGUUCAUUCUUCACUGGUGGUGUUUGGUGGGUGAGGAAGGAUACGCUUGAGUAUCCACUGUUCAGAAUUAUUGUGUAGUGUUUCUAGCUUAACCAUCAGCUACAAAGUGUUGCACUCCACACAACUCCAGGAAUGUUUGAGGAAUUCCCUGGUAGAUCAUAUUUGUGUUGUCAAAAGUGUUAUGUGCCAGUACAAUGACUGCAUUCAUUUCAGUGCCUGCUGACAUGUCAGCUGGACAGUAGUCCUGAACCAGCCUCCCCAGAGAAAUGCUGAAUUCUGAAGUUACUGUUUCACUGGACAAAACUUGAAUGGGUGCUGGAUCAAGUCCUUUACGACCAGUCGCCUAGAAAGCUUCUCAAAGGCAUCUGUCUCUUAUUCCCCAGGUAUCUCAGUGAGGGGUUUUUAAGGCACUUUUGCUUUAAUCAGACAGGUUAAUUUUAUUUCUUAUUGAAAAAUUUGUGAUUUUAUGGAAUUUGAGAGUGGGUCUGGCUUGGUUAGGUUUUUUGUUUUUUUUUUUUUUUUUAAGAGAUUGAUGCAAGAGAAGAUAGAUAAAACUAUUUUGCUUUUCUUGUAUACUAAACUAAAUUUUUUUGUAAAAUAUAUACUAGGCACAUAAAGAGUGGACUCAUUCUUGAAGCUGGGAGACAGGGGUUAGCAUGGAGAUUUAUGGAGCUCAACAAGGAUGCCCAUCCACUCUGAAUACCUGCUCCAAACCUCUGAGCAGUAUCAGAACUGUGGUUUAUUGCUCUCAGUGAUGUUUUUAGGCCAGAAGUUGUAAGCACAAACCCAUCCUGAAGCUUGAAGUCGUCAUUCAAAACUUGCUAAAACAAAGGGGACACCUGGGAAUAAUUGUCAUACUUCCUUAAGUAGCCUGGAUUACUCGGAAAUCAGCGAGCAUUGGGGCAGCUUUGUAUAGACAGGAAGCUGCUUCAGCUCAGGGGUACCAUUUCUUGUGCUCCUGUAAUGUUUUGUAUUAAUUUUUUGGAAGAUCUUGUGAAUGUCUUCAGAUAUUCAGGGAUGUGAAAAGUUAUUUUGCCUUAUUUCUAAUUUAGUGCUAAAUAUAACAGAUGGCCAGAAGUUAAGUAACAUCAAAUGUUUGUGGCAGUUGAGGAAAUAAACUGAUAUUGCUGACUCAGAGUAACUACUCUGCUUAGACAAUUAGAAGGAUGCUUUAAGAUUGGAAGCACUGUUACACUAACGCACAGGUGGAGCAUACACUUCUCAUUACUGCAUAACUUUCAGUGUGUCUGCUUAUGCUUUGUGUUGUUUUUUUAAUACCAAGCUGAUUGGCUUUGCCUUUGUAUGUGUAUAUAUACAUAUAUAUAAAACUUUUUUUUUACAUGCAGUAUGUAAAACAGUAGCAUUUUGUAAGAUAUAUAAAGGGCUAUAUGAGCUAAAUGUGGUAAAUUAAUAUAUAUUUUAAAAUUAUUUCUUUAUUAUUCCACUUUAUUAUACCACUGAAACCCCCAAAUCUUAAUUGUUUUGUACAAAAGCCUAUUCUAAGGCAAAUCCAGAGAAAAGGUUUUUAUGGAAUUCUUUCCUCCAGUUUGUAAUCAUAUUCUUGUUCUUUUCAGACAAAAAAUGAGGUUUCAGUAACUGAAAUAAUUUAUUUAAAUUUCUAUAUCUGCUUCACCAUUUGUAUUUGCUUUUCAGUGCUUGAGAAAGUUCAGCUUGGCACUAGUUAUUUUUCCCCUACUAAUAUAUACUGCUCAUUAAAAGACUGAUAGGACAGUAGAACUGAAUAAUUAGAAUCCUGUUCUACAAACACUGUUUUGCCUCGUACUGGAAUGGUCUUACUGAAAACAUAACCCCUGUGUAAGGUGUUGUAAGGGGGUGUAAAUCUGUAGCUAAUUCUUGAGUUAUGAAUAUUAAUUACUAAGGAAGGCAUUAUCUUCUAAUGAUAUAUACUCAACUUGCCCUAGAUGUGUACUGGUUUUGUUUAAAGGUUGUGAAUGUUUACCCACUUCAAGAGUUAGUACAAAUAAACAUUUUUGUCUUGGGAA